CGGGGAAGCGCAGCCGGGCUCGGGUUCUUCGGCUGCCGCCGCGGCCGCUCAAGCCGGUGCAGCUGGGCGAGCUCGAGCGGGCGCCGCCGCCUCCGCGGCUGCCCACCCUGCCGCGCCGCCGGCGCUGCCGGUCCUGCAGGCGGACGCCGUGGAGGGGCGGCCGAGAGAACGGAGCACGAGGAGGUGGAGGCGGCGGAGAAGUGAUGCUGGCGCCAGGGAUGGGGCAGUGGCAGCGGAGCAGCAGCAUCUGCGCGACCCAGGCUGCAGCGUCCCUGUGGCCCGAGGGCCAGCCGAGCGGCGGGAGACCACGCGCCCCACGGACCCGGUAGAGACGCUUCAAGAACUGCUCUGUUCCGGGGAGGAGGGAUUGUGUGACGACCCUGACACUGCACCCUGAGGUGAGUGCAGAAGUUUUCAUUGUAAGCCUUAUCUUCUCAUGAAUCUGCACACCCGCCUCUGCUCCUGGCUUGGCCUUCACUAGUCCAGGCACAUUGCCCUGCCUGAGACAGCAGCAGCCUUACUCACCUUAAGAGUAAACAGAGCCUGCAGUUUGCUAAGCAGCAGCUUCUCCUGGCAUGAGACACUGCAGAUCUCCUCACCAGACAGGCUGAGACUAUGCUCUGUGCCCUGCACCUGGAGUAAGAAGAAGAACAAGCAAGGUUGGUCCAACAGGUGGGAGAAGGACGCACUGCUCAGUUAGUGAACGCUGUUGGAAAGUUGACAGCGGAAGCCUUUUCUCAAAAGAAUGAGCUCCCCGUGCUGAUGAGACUGGAACGAGGGCCGAGUACUGGUUUGGAGAGUGUAAAGAGCAGGCAGAGGAGGGAUGAAGAGAAGAGAACACAGAGGACCGUGAAAAAGAUGAGCAGAGAAACAGUUAAGAGGAAGAUUUAUGAGACAUGGACCCUUGUAUCAGAUUUGGAGAAAAGUAGAGUGAAUACAGAGGUGCCAGACGGCCACUGAGACCCAUGGACAGUCCUGUACUCACGCUUCUCUGUCGAACUUUAAGAUUUACUAGUAAUAUGCUACCUUUGCCAAAUGAAAAGAAACUAAUGCCGAGAAGGCAUACUCUUCAAUAUUGGGAAUAGACGUGCUGUCAAGACAAUGGCUUCAAAGGUCUCCUGUUUAUACGUUUUGACAGUCGUGUGCUGGGCCAGCGCUCUCUGGUACUUGAGUGUCACUCGCCCUACUUCUUCCUACACUGGCUCUAAGCCAUUCAGCCAUCUAACAGUUGCCAGGAAAAACUUCACCUUUGGCAACAUAAGAACUCGACCUAUAAACCCCCAUUCUUUUGAAUUUCUUAUAAAUGAGCCCAACAAGUGUGAGAAAAACAUUCCUUUCCUCGUUAUCCUCAUCAGCACCACCCAUAAAGAAUUCGAUGCCCGGCAGGCGAUCCGAGAGACCUGGGGGGAUGAGAACAACUUUAAAGGGAUCAAGAUAGCCACUCUCUUCCUCCUGGGCAAGAACGCUGAUCCCGUUCUCAAUCAGAUGGUGGAGCAAGAAAGCCAAAUCUUCCACGACAUUAUCGUGGAGGACUUCAUUGAUUCCUACCAUAACCUUACCCUCAAAACCUUAAUGGGGAUGAGGUGGGUGGCCACUUUUUGUUCAAAAGCCAAGUACGUCAUGAAAACAGACAGCGACAUUUUUGUCAACAUGGACAACCUUAUUUAUAAACUGCUAAAACCGUCCACCAAGCCAAGAAGAAGGUAUUUUACUGGCUAUGUCAUCAACGGAGGGCCAAUCCGAGACGUCCGCAGUAAGUGGUAUAUGCCUAGGGAUUUGUACCCUGACAGUAACUACCCGCCCUUCUGCUCGGGGACCGGCUAUAUCUUUUCAGCUGAUGUGGCUGAACUCAUUUACAAGACCUCACUCCACACCAGGCUGCUUCACCUGGAAGAUGUAUAUGUGGGACUGUGUCUUCGAAAGCUGGGCAUCCAUCCUUUCCAGAACAGUGGCUUCAAUCACUGGAAAAUGGCCUACAGUUUGUGUAGGUAUCGCCGAGUUAUCACCGUGCAUCAGAUCUCUCCAGAAGAAAUGCACAGAAUCUGGAAUGACAUGUCAAGCAAGAAACAUCUCAGAUGUUAGGAUUUUUACCAAUGUAAAUACGUUUCUUUUCUUUUUUAAGAAAUGAGGCCUAGGGUGUAGGUAUUUUACAGGUGUCACCAGAGGAAAUGAACUGGUGAAGGGGUUUUGUAAAAAGUGUUUUUCUUCCCACUCCUAGUUCCUUUCUUGGAUUGCCAAUUUACGCGUAUUAAGCUCUGCUCAUAGAAAUAAUACAUGCGUUAAAAGCACCAGAUUUCAUUCUCAGGUCCUGAAGUAUUGCAUUUAUCUCAAAAAGCAACUUCCUAACAACUGCUAGGAUUUACAUACUGUGCAUCUGAAAUAAAAAUCUGGUUCUGGGAAACUAGAACUCACGGUAAUGUCUUCAUAUCCUCUCCGCAAAAGUAAAUAAGUAAAUAACACUUUUUCAAAAACAAUUCAGAAAUAAUGCACAGUCAGGGAGACACACUGGAUGUGAUUAUUAAUAUUGUGUGUGCUGUUACAUUGAAUUUCUACAUAUAUUGCCAUGUAAUGUGUACAGUAUUUGCAGUUCCACUAAGAAAUGAACUUAGGACUGGCAGGGAGGCUGCAGUUAAAUAAAUGGGAAUUUAAACUUGAGAAUUAAAUAUUCUGUAUGUUUGGAAGACAACUCUGCUUGCUCAUCCAAGGAUUAAACCUGGUCAGCGGGUAGAAUGUAUAUAAAAUGCUACGUAACAAAAUAAACUGGAGAAUUUUUUUUUUCCUGCUCUUUCAGAACGAACAUUACCUCCAAGGAGAUUUUGCCAAAUGUAAUCUCACCUGCUUCCCUCCAUACAAUGUCACUAAAUACAUUUCACACUUUCUGGCUCAGGCAGAUACAUGUAUAGAAGUAAGUUGGUAGGAGGCCAGAAGGACAGUGUAUCACAUGGAGAAAAAUAUAAAUUUAUGUGUGCGUUACAAUUAACAAAAGCUUGGCACUAGUGUCAGAUGCCCCUUCCAUACCUUUGCAAAGCACAUGAGAAACUAUUUGAACAGGGAGCAAUGUUACCGAAGGAUUUAGCCCUGCUGUUGAUAGAUGUAAUCUCUCUCACAUCUGAAACAUCCAAGUACCUCUAACAGCAAUGCUGUUUGGGGGUGUUCUGCAAGCUCUGUUAUUGAGGUUUAUAGGAAGGAAGGGUGGGGAAGCUUGGGUUCAGGUUCUAUUGCUGCCAUCGUGUGGGUCACUUAAGCAGGCAUCCUCACUUUGCUGUGCUUCCGUUUGCUCAUUUAUAAAACGGCUGGAAAAAACACCUACCUCGCAGGUGCUGUGAGAGAAAAUCACAUUUGCUAAGUAUUUUGGGAUCCUUGGUUUAAAAGGUGCUACAUAAUGCAAUGUAUCAUGCAUUAUGCUAAAUGCUAAAAUAAUUACAUAAUUACAGUGAUGGUCAUCACUAGUAACAUCAUCUUAACAUAAUAUCUGUCAAAAUACAGAUCAGAUAUGAACUAUCAGUGCACCUGAUUCUUCUAAGAUUUUGACUUUUCCUUCAGUAUGUUAGGUGUUUGGAGAAGUUUCCAUUUCUCUGUCAUUUCUUCAGGUUUCAGUGAAUAAGUUAUUACUUCAGUGAAUUGCCUUGAUAUCCCAGGCUGCUGAAAGGGAAGGCAGCUGCCUUUCUUUGGGGAGGAGCCUCUGGCUGGGGGUAUAUUACAGUCAUUGAAGCACACGCUUUGCAAAAUGUAUCACAUCAACUUAGAUCUCAGGAAACAUUUGAUCUGAAUUCUCAGUAAGAACUUUGAGGCCUGGUAGAGCUAGUCCACCUCUGGCAGAAGAAGAAUAGACACUCAGCAAACCCACACAUUGCACACUUCUACCAUUCAUUAGAAAACUUCUGUUUGUUUUCACUCAAAGAAAGCUCCCCAACUCAAAGAGUGUACCUUUUUUUUUUUUAACCUGACCUUUGCAAGCCCUCCUAGGAGUUGAUAGCAAACAAGUAGAUGAAAUGUACAAAUGGAAGUCAUGGCUUAUAUCUUGAAAACACCGGAUCUCUUAUCUCCAGCCCAAGAGAACCCAAUAGGAGAUAGGCCUUUCCUUCCCUUAAUACAUCGUCAUCUCAAGUCAGCAGGACUGCUGAGUUAAAUUAGAAAAUAGCAUUAGGUAUCCUGGAGAAAGAUGGAUCAGCAUAAGGUGAGCCACCCUCCAACCCGCAACUCUCAACUGCUGUGCAUUCCAAUCGCUGGAAAAGUCUCAUGACUUGGAACUUGGUUUGCCUGUCAAUCAUGUAGUCGAAUCAAGGCUCAGUGUCAUACCAACAUCUUGCGUCUACCUUAUGCUCAGUCGAGCCACUUUCGGUGUCAAGGAAUUGCACAGUAUAAACAUCAUAUGUGUACAUCUGCGAGUCGUUUUAUAUGUCUGUGUGUGAGUAAAUUAUGAAUAGAGCCCUCAUCUUUAAAAGGGGCAAAAAUCAGAGAAUCAUGUCUUACAGAACUAUUUCCUAACUUUUUUAUGCUAGAUAGUACCCAUGUGACAAACAUAUAAAUAUUCAUCAAAGACCAUAUGUAUAUAUUUUUAAAGGCAUUUUUUUCUUCUCCCCAGCUGUACGUAUUGCUAGAAGCGGCUUGCUAUGUACAUUUUCUUCUGCAUGGAGCUUGGUGAGGCAAGGCCACUUGUCCGGUGUUUCAAUAGCCUAAAGCAUGUUUGCCCUUCGUUUUUUGAAUGUUCCAAAAACGUUUAAGUCAAGCGAUGAGGAAAAAGCUCUAAUUUUCUACUUUUGUUAAUUUUAUGACACUGGCCAAAUAGUGAUUUGUUAAGCCAUUUUUUAAUUGAUUAUCAUUUCUUUGACAUAAAAUAGUGUUUCGGAUAGCAUUUUACCAGGAGUCCUUCAGACAAUUUUUACAAAAACCUGCUGACUGUCCCUCUGCCUGUUUUGUUCAUUAUGCCUCGGAUAACAAAAGGUAUCAAUACUUCGUGUCUGUACUCUUAAAUUUUCAUUUAAAGUUUUAUUUUGGGGGGAAAAAAAAAGAUUUUUAUCUUUGGUGACUAGUUUGCGUGGCUUUGUGUCUCUUGUAUUGGAGCAAAUGCCAGUUUCAAUAUAUAUUAUUGUAUUUUUAUUGUAUUUUUAAAUAACCAGAAUAAAAAAAGGAAGGUCAUUUUCAAUUUGGAAUAAAUUCAGAAGAACAAAACCCCUUUGUGUGAUAUGAUAUGGGGAAAAGAAACUCUUUACAGAGAAGCUAAGGAAGGAGUUUUUUCAAUCAAAGCUCUUCUAUCAAAAGACAAUGGAAUAUUUACAUAAAGCAUCUGGGAUUCAUUUUCUACCUUUCCUAA